CAGCUAAGCUCAUUGCACCUUCCCUUGCCCCUUCCUGCACCCUUUCUCAUCUUUUCACUCGUUAUUUGCCCGCUAUAACUACUACCCAACCCAUCAUUCUCUACACACCCAUCUCUGAUCUCUCCUCCUACAAAGCUAAAUCGAAUUCAAUAGCAAAAUGGCUUCUUCAUAUGUGGUACUCUCUCUGCUCAUGCCUGUUCUUGUCGCCUCUUUGAUGGUUGCUUCUGCUAGCAACUUCUAUAAUGAUUUUGAUAUUACAUGGGGAGACGGCCGAGCUAAGAUACUCAAUAAUGGGGAACUUCUCACUCUCGGCCUUGAUAAAGCUUCUGGCUCUGGAUUUCAGUCCAGGAAUGAGUAUCUGUUUGGAAAGAUUGAUAUGCAGCUCAAGCUUGUCCCUGGCAACUCUGCUGGCACUGUUACCGCCUAUUAUUUAUCCUCAAAAGGGUCUACUUGGGAUGAGAUAGAUUUUGAAUUCUUGGGAAAUUUGAGUGGCGACCCUUACAUCCUCCACACUAAUGUGUUUAGCCAAGGCAAAGGCAACAGAGAGCAGCAAUUCUAUUUGUGGUUUGACCCAACUGCAGAUUUCCAUACGUAUUCCAUUCUAUGGAAUCCCCAGAGGAUCAUCUUCUCAGUGGAUGGCACCCCAAUAAGAGAGUUCAAGAACUUGGAAUCAAUUGGUGUUCCAUUUCCAAAGAAUCAGGCAAUGAGAAUUUACUCUAGUCUAUGGAAUGCUGAUGAUUGGGCUACAAGAGGGGGUCUAGUGAAGACAGAUUGGAGUCAAGCUCCAUUCACUGCUUACUACAGAAACUUCAAUGCAAAUGCUUGUGUUUUGUCAAAUGGGGUAUCUUCCUGUGGCACAAAUUCAUCACCAUCAACCUCCAGGACAAAUUCUUGGCUCUCAGAGGAGCUUGAUUCAACAAGUCAGGAGAGGCUGCAAUGGGUGAGGAAGAACUACAUGAUAUACAACUAUUGCACAGAUGCCAAAAGAUUUCCCCAAGGCUUUCCUCCAGAAUGCAACUUAUCCUAAGCCACAACACUGGGAUAUCAUCAAUUGUACUAAACAUGAUUCUUUUAUUCUUUUAUUGGAUUUUUCAUUUUUGCUUUCAUUUCAUAUAGUGGAAACCAAAAUAUUAUUUCUCCUUCCUCUGUUGGCUAUUCAGCUUUUCAGUUUAAAUCAGUAAGAAAAAAAAAAUCUAUUAAACAA